GCUUUGAUUGUGACAUUGACAUUUUCAAGACGAUCCUGAUGGUGCGAGGGCAAAGGUCAGGGCUGGUUCAGACCCAAAGCCAGUACCAGUUUGUCUACCUGGCCGUCCAAAGAUACAUGGAGAUAGAGAGGCAGAGACAGCUCGCCGGACAGAGUGUCGCUGGCAGAGAGUACACCAACAUUAAGUAUGCCACGGGAGCAGUAGAAGCUGCAAAGAGAGCCCAAGCAGCUGGAAAUGUGCCCCCUCCAGUACCUCCUUUACCACAUCCAGGCGCCCGGAGGAGAUUAGUGAAACUGCCACCAGACGAUUCAGCCAUGCAAUACCAGAACAUCCACUCCCUUGAUGUAUCCUUUGCUUGA